AUGGUUUUCUCCAAGGCUUUCGCUAUCGCCGCGAUCUUCGCUACCUUGACUGCUGCUGCUCCUCACCAGAAGCACCAGAAGCACCAGAAGCGCGCCGUUGUCUACGAGACUGUCACCGAGGUCGACGUCACCACCAUCGACACCACCAUCACCGUCUACCCCGGCGAGGCCACUCCUACUGUCGCCUCUGUCUACACCACUGAGGUUGCCGUGACUUCGACCACUCCUGCCGAGCAGGUCGUUGUUCCUACCAGCACCGUCGCUCCUGCUCCCGUUGCCGAGACCACCACUUCUUCCACCCAGGCACCUGCUGCUCCUGAGACCACCACCACUGCUGCUCCUGUCCCCACCACCACUGUUGCUCCUCCGGCACCAGCCGUCACCACCACUAGCAGCUCUUCUACUUCGACUUCUUCCACCUCCACCUCCACUGCUCCUGCUGCGACUUCCACCGGCACCUCCGGCAGCAGCGGCUCUGGCCCUUCCGGCACUGGUGACGGUACCUACUACGACACUGCCACCUCUUUGUCUGCUCCUAGCUACUGCGACACUGCCAACGACGGUACCACUGAGAACGUUGUCGCUCUUUCUCAGGCCAUCAUGAACGAGUCUCUCUGCGGUGCCUCCAUCACUGUCACCUACGAUGGCAAGACCGCCACCGGUACUGUCGUCGACAAGUGCAUGGGCUGUGACGCUGAGUCCAUCGACAUGUCGCGUGCUAUGUUCGGCGAUCUUGCCAGCCUCGAUGCCGGACGUAUCACCGUGUCGUGGUCUGUCUAA